AAUUAAAAAGAAGUUAAAAAUGAUAUUGUACUAUUCUUUCAGGAAAAUAUUUGAACAAUUUAACGGAGCCCUUGAGUAUAACAAAGAUACUAAAAUUUCUCAAUUAUUAUUUUAAACCAAAAUAAAUCUAGUGUUACCACACCAUCAACAUUAAUAAGUUAAUAAAGUGCAGCAUGUAUAUAAUUUAAGUAAUGGAUAUGGAGGAAAGGCUAUUCAGAGGGUGCUGUGAUGCAGGUACAGCAUCCAUCAAUCUUAGCAUGCUUAAAAUGCCUACAAAAGUCGAUAUUGAUUUAAGCAGCUUCCAUUUUUGGUUUACUGCUUUGCUGAUCUAUGUGGAGCCUUUUUUUAAACCAGUGAUUGGUGUUAAUGAAAGCAAACAUAGGAUCAUCUCUAAAUAUGUUGGGAAAACUGUUUCAUUUUUUCUGUAUUGCUUGGCAUCUAACCUUUUCACACUGUGGACUGUCUUUAAAGUCACUCAAGUAAUAUCUAGUCAUCCACGUACGCCUGAUCUUUCAAGAAACAGUGUACUUUAUUUGGGCUACUUGUUUUUGAUAGCUGGCUUGUGCAUCAAAAUACACACCUACAGAAAAUAUGGCUUUGUUGCUGUAAUGGGAGGUAAAUAUUUCAGGAUAGGAACUAAGGAAGACAAACACCCACCGUCUGAUCCUUAUUAUCAUCCAUCAGGAACUGCAACCGUUGUGUGCUUCAUAGGUUAUUCUCUUAUACAAGCUAGUGUAGCUGGACUGUUUUACUGCAUUAUCUGCUCAAUAGCUUAUGUUUUUGCAUACUAUUUCGAGAAAUUUCAUUUGACACUUUACAAGGAAGAAUAUGUUAAGCCCAACCCAAAAUAUAUGCCAGAGGAUGAUUAAAUGAGAUUGGAGGGACUGUUAGCAGUGUUCAUCAUUUCAUAGAAUAGUACAAAGACCUGAAAUAUUUUAAAUAAGGUUAUUUUAUUUCAGUCAUUCACGAAUUUUUUUAUCAGUUUGAUUUAAGUUUGUUUAUGAAGUUGAAGUUGGGUAGCCGUCAACACAAUGACUUCACUGAUUAAACAAUGUUAUAUUGCUCUAGUUGUACAAUAGGUUUAGUUUGUUGUCUCCAUUGCUUAUUAUGGCGCUAGAUCUGAUGUUUCUCUCACUAACAGUGAGUUUACUUGUUGGUUUAAAGCUUGUUGAAUUAACACACAUUUUUUGCCUUAAAUAUAAGUAUUUUUUAUGCAGAUGAAGUAGAGUUUACCAGUCUUAAUUGGUAAGGGUCAUGUAGAGAUUGCAGGGGUUAAUGUUUUGAACUUCACUGCCAAUUUUUUUUAGACACGAUCCAAGGGCAUUGUCAUGAGGGUAAGAAUA